GAGAGCUCAUCCUUAUUCAUAUUUGUUGACCUCAACAAAAUUUCAUUACCCAAAACAUCAAACGUCCAUCUUAAACAACACACAAACCUUCCAUUAUUCGAAGGCCAAGUAAUCGAUUCCGUUGACUAAGAGAAACCAUAAAAAUCUUUUAUUACAAAGAUGAUCUGAAAAAACCCAAAUCAUCAUCUCCUCGUACGUCUGGUAUUGGACUAUAAGUUUUCUUCCCCAAUAUUAUAAUCAAAAUGUCAGAAUACCCAUUUGAAUAUUUUCACCGAUGAGUCCCAAGUUUCUUCUGGGGUUUCUACAAGCUCAAAUGGGUAUCCCAGAUCCGCCGUCCAUUGAUUGGAUUUGUGGGUCUUGAUGUGAUUUCUCAUUUUCUUCCUCUGCUCUUCGAUUGGACCAUUCAACUUUGUUUCCAAUUUUCCUGGAAGAUAUGAAGAACAGGAAAAUAUAUGGGGUCUCUAUCUCUUUGAUUCUCAUCAACUUGGCAGCUAUAAUGGAGCGUGCAGAUGAGAAUCUCCUACCGUCAGUUUACAAGGAAGUUAGUGAAACUUUCAAUGCCAGCCCAUCUGAUCUUGGAUAUCUUACAUUCAUAAGGAACUUUGUCCAGGGAUUAUGUUCACCCUUGGCUGGUAUCCUAGUUCUUAGUUAUGACCGUCCUAAAGUUCUUGCGAUGGGGACGUUUUGUUGGGCUCUUUCAACAGCUGCGGUUGGUAUUAGUCUCGAGUUUAAGCAAGUUGCAUUCUGGAGAGCUGUGAAUGGCUUUGGCUUGGCUAUUGUGAUUCCAGCACUCCAAUCUUUCAUUGCUGAUAGCUAUAUGGAUGGUGUUAGGGGUAUGGGAUUUGGCUUGUUAAGCCUCAUUGGUUCCUUGGGGGGCAUUGGAGGUGGUGUCCUUGCAACGGUUAUGGCUGGUCAACAGUAUUUUGGCGUAGAAGGAUGGCGCUGUGCCUUCAUUCUGAUGGCUACAUUGAGUGCAAUAAUCGGUAUCCUUGUUUACAUGUUUGUAGUUGAUCCUAGAAAAACUAUUAACAACAUUCAGGAGAGUUCAGAUAGGUACCUGCGGAGGGAUAAUUUGAUAGACCGGACCUUGCCUAAUUCAUCAUCAAUAUGGUUUGAAUCCUGGAGUGCUAUGAAAGCUGUUAUGAAAGUGCAUACAUUUCAAAUCAUUGUUCUGCAGGGCAUAGUUGGAUCACUGCCUUGGACAGCCAUGGUGUUCUUCACUAUGUGGUUCGAACUAAUCGGUUUCAGCCAUAACGGUACUGCAGUUUUACUUAGUCUUUUCGCUGUCGGGUGUGCACUGGGGUCUCUCCUAGGUGGUUUAAUUGCAGAUAGGCUGUCGAAGAUCUAUCCUCAUUCUGGUCGAAUCAUGUGUGCUCAAUUCAGUGCUAGUAUGGGCAUACCAUUCUCAUUGCUCCUCCUCCGAGUCAUUCCUCAGUCUGUUGAUAGCCUUCUCAUCUUCGGUGUUACUCUCUUUUUGAUGGGCUUGACAAUCAGCUGGAAUGGAACUGCUGUAAAUGCCCCCAUAUUUGCUGAGGUUGUCCCGAUCAAACACCGAACCAUGAUAUACGCAUUUGACCGUGCGUUUGAAGGUUCAUUUUCAUCAUUUGCUGCUCCUCUGGUUGGCAUUCUCUCAGAGAAAAUGUUCGGGUACGACGACACAGCUGGAGCUUCGUUACUGAAGGCUCUUGCACUGUCAAAGGGACUUCUUACGAUGAUGACAGUUCCUUUUGGCGUUUGUUGUUUGUGCUACACCCCAUUGUAUAAAUAUUUUAGGCUCGACCGUGAAAAUGCUCGAAUGCAGGGUUCAAAAGGUACUAAAUCUAUUGAUGAUCUUUAAGGAACUGUGUAUGAAUAUAUAUUGUAAUUCCACUGCCAUUGUAUUUUUUUUAGGCUGUUCUUUUCUCCUUUUAGAAUUUUCUAUACAUGAACAUGAAUUAGCAUUUGAGAGUUACAUUGGGCAUUUUGUUGAGAAAAAUGAAGGAUUAGAGUCUUUAACUUUUGUAUA